AUGUCGAUAUCGCAUCGCCCCUCGUCCAUCGAGCUCAAGCGGCCCUCGCUCGCCGUACCACUGACAGGACGAGGGUCGACGAGUCCCAGUCGCAGCUCGCGCAGCUCACCCAGUAGCUCGCACCGUACGCUCUCGUUCGAUGUGUCAGCACUGGACGGACGACCUUACUCGCCUUCGCCCUACCGCAAGAGAUUCUCUUCUGUCCUCUUUCAUCUGCCAGGCCGGCGCUUCACCACCAAGCGAGGCGCAAUCACACUCGGCAUCAUACUGGCGUUCAUCUGGAUCGAAUAUGUCUUCUUCGGACCACCUCGCGUGCUCUCGGAUGCGGACACGAGCGGUGACAGUCCGUGGGCCUGGCCACAAGCAUUCAGAGAUCUGAGCAAUAUGCCGCCCCGGUUGCAACAGUGGCUCCCGACCAGUCAAGGCGCGAGCAGUCCAACGUAUCCUGGAGACCUGCGUGAGAGAGGAGUAGUACUCCAGCCACUGAUCUCCAAUGCCAAGAGCGUACUCGAACCGACAGAUCAGUCUACACCUGUACCCAUACGGAUACACCGACUACAGAUCGUGCCCCAGCCCAUGCGAGAGUCUCUACCGCCCGAUCUCCAUCUCAACAGGAUAGCCACCGGACCGGCAGCUGUUUCCCUGAGCGAACACAUCGCUUCUGGGCCUUAUGAGAAAACGACAGAAGUCUACGAUCUGAGAAUGCGACCCAAGAGGGUAGCUCUGCCGCACGAUGCGCCAAGCAACGAAGACAUGGUCCUCGGUAUCACGACCAACAUCGCUCGAGCACUGACAUUUGUACCACUCUGGUCUUACUGGCUCUCGUCCAACACGCCCUACAACACAGGCGAACGGCCACCGCUCUGUAUGAUCACUCUACAGGACACGCCCGACGAACGCAAACGAGAGCCAGAACUUGCAGAAGCGCUCCAGACAGCAGCGAUAGAGUGUCAGAUCAAUUGGAUGAGCGGCCGUGCAGGUACGCGCAAACGAUUCGCCUUUCUCACGCUUCAUGCUGCGAGAGCCUAUCGAGAUACGUAUCCCGAUCGAGGAACGCCGAAAUACGUCGUGAUCGGUGACGAUGAUACAAUGUGGGUCGAUUGGCGCGCGCUCAGACGGAUGCUCGCUUCACACGAUCCCGACCACCCUGCCCUUCUCGCCUCGAUCACGGAAGCACAAUGGCGUUCGGAAGCCUGGGGUGCCUUUGCAUACGGGGGCGGCGGCAUCGUCUCCACGCGAGCGUUGGUCGACCUGCUGGAACCAAUGUGGGACGCCUGUUACGCUUCGAUAGAAGGCAUCGAGCCUGCAGGUGGCGAUUCUCAGCUCACCAUCUGUGCAGCUCGUGCAAUGGGUCUAGAAGCCAAAGCGGGCAUCCACGGCAUCCCAAGAGAAGCAAUCACGUUUGAAGACGGACUACGUCAGGCCGAUCUCACUGUCAAUUGUGCUGGCUUCUACCAAGCCGGUCUACAAUUUCUCACUCUUCAUCACUUUGCCAGCGCUCCUUACUGUCGACCUUUCCUAGACGAUUGGGACCCCAUGCAGUCCAUGCGAGUCACCUUGGAAGCUGCAAGAUUAGUGGGAGGAGAUAUGCUUUUCUACCGCGAGCUGUUCGAUGCAGGACGACAGCUACUCGUACUCGGUCAUUCGCUCACGAUUUACGAUACCCCACUGACGGUAGAGGAUAUGGCUUAUAUGGAACGCACUUACAACGAACCUUCUCGCUUCGACGAACGAGAUCCCAUACCUGAAAAGUCAGACACGACGAAGCAGGGCAAGAAGACGUAUUACCUUGCUGCUGUCGAAUCCGAUCCAGAUACCGGUAGAGCCAUCUUUGACUAUGUCGAUUCACGCGGAAUGGUCGUCUCGAUCACUCUCAGACCGCCCAAGAUAGCUCACUAG